AUGAAGUUCCAUUUAGCUACACUCUCACUCGUUUCAAUCACUCUUGGUGCCUCAAUUCUUCAAAACUUGAUCGAAUUACCAAAUCAAUUGACUACUGGAUUCAUCCAAUUUCAAAACUCUCAAGAUAAACUAUUAAGCCUUCAUAAAUAUUUAGUGGAAAUCAAUUCAGUCACCGGUGGUGAACUUGAAGUUGCUGAUUUUCUACAAAAAUAUCUAACAUCAUCGGGAUUAACUGUUGAAUUACAACAAGUUGAACCUAACAGACAAAACGUUUAUGCCUAUUUUGGUUCUAAAAAAGAUGCAAAAGUCCUAUUAACAACUCAUAUCGAUACAGUCCCACCAUAUUUCCCUUAUACCGUCAAGGGCGAUAAGAUUUUCGGAAGAGGUUCAGUCGAUGCAAAAGCUUCAGUUGCUACACAAAUCUUAUCAACUUUGGAACUUUAUGAGAAUGGGGAAAUUCAAAAUGGUGAUGUAGCUUUAUUAUUUGUUGUUGGUGAAGAAUAUAAUGGGGUUGGUAUGAGAUAUGCUAAUGAUCAUUUGGAUGCUAAUUGGGAUCAUGUUAUCUUUGGUGAACCAACUGAAGGUAAGUUAGGUAUUGGCCAUAAAGGUGUUUAUCAUUUUGAUUUAAAAGUUACUGGUAAGGCUUCACAUUCUGGGUAUCCACAUCUAGGUAUUGAUGCUAAUAAGAAAUUGAUUGAUGUUUUACAUAGAAUCGUUCAUGCUGAUUUACCAACUGAUGAAUUAUUAGGUAAUUCAACAAUAAACCCUGGAUUAAUUGAUGCAGGUGUUGCUGGUAAUGUUGUUUCACCAAUUGCAAAGGCUAAAAUCUUGAUAAGAGUUUCCAAUGAUGCUGCAAAGGUUAGUGAAAUCAUUGAUGAGAUUAUCAAGAGUGAAAAUGAAGAAUAUCAUAACGUUGAAUUGUUUCCAGAACAAUUAAAUGAACCUGAAUAUUUAAACUUCACUGUCCCAGGAUUUGAAAGCACAGUGUUGGCUUAUUUCACCGAUGUCCCUAAUUUACAAAGAAGUUUCAAAUCUAGAUACCUGUAUGGACCAGGUACUAUUCAAGUUGCACAUUCAGCUAAUGAAUUUGUCACGAUCGGAGAAUUGAGAGAUGCAAUUGUCGGAUACAAAGAUUUGACAAAAUACUUACUCCACAACUAA